AUGCUUGAACACAUGAUCCCGAAAAUUGGUGAUUCUGAGAGAAAGAAUGCUCUGCAACUUUAUCUGGGUGGUAUGAAACCAUCUGUGGAGAGUACAGAAGCUCUCCUCGGGAAGUUUGAGGUCGAAGAAAAAGACUUCUCUGAAAUAGUGGAAGAUAUGAAGGCUGUGAAGUCAGCAGUUCUUGAUCGUCUUUCCUUCAAGAAGAAGAUGAUACUACAAGAUAAGAGGAAGAAAUGA